AUGACUACCUCUUCGGAAGAUGUAUUGUUGAGCGUAGGAUAUGUAAGAUAUAAAAAAGGAGAUGGGACACUAUAUGUGAUGAAUCAGAGAUUAGCUUGGAUGUUGGAGAAUCGAGACACUGUUGCUGUUUCGCAUAAAUAUGCUGAUAUAAAAACUCAAAAAAUCUCACCAGCGGGGAAGCCAAAAGUGCAACUCCAAGUUGUACUACAUGAUGGGACGUGUUCAACAUUCCACUUUGUCAAUCCAGCUGGAGCAGAAGCCCAGGCUAAGGACAGGGAUCAGGUUAAAUCUUUACUGCAGAAUCUACUGCCAAAGUUCAAAAGACAGAUUGAUGGUGAGCUAGAGAUGAAAUCCAGAUUGCUGUCUCUCCAUCCAACGUUAAAACAUUUAUAUGAAGAUUUAGUGAUAUCAAAAGUUAUUAGCAGUGAAGAAUAUUGGAAUACGCCAACAUUAAAGCAUUAUACCGAUUCUAGUAACAUAAAACAAGAAGCCGGUGUAUCCGGAGCAUUUCUUGCUGAUAUUCAACCACAAACAGACGGAUGUAACGGACUGAAAUAUAACCUCACUCAAGAUAUAAUAGAUGCAAUAUUCAAAACAUAUCCAGCAGUUAGAAAGAAACAUAUUGAUUAUGUGCCUAAUAAGAUGACUGAAGCGGAAUUUUGGACGAAGUUCUUUCAAUCACAUUACUUUCAUAGGGAUAGGAUAGCUUCAUCUUCUAGUAAAGACUUGUUUGGUGAAUGUGCCAAAAUGGAUGACCAAGCCAUUGCCUCAGCUAUGAAGCAUACUCCACUAGAUCUCACAGUCGACAUCCCACAAUUUAUAGAGCCAGUGCCCCUUUUGCCCACCGAGGAUGAUGCGCCACACGAAAAGGAACGUGGCGACAGUACCUCAAUACAUCGCAACAUGAUUAAACGGUUUAACCAACACUCUAUUAUGGUGCUCAAAGCUAGUCAUAAAACAAACUCUAGUAAUAGUAAUAGUAGUAGUAAAACAACAAACAAUAAUAACAAAGUAGUAGAAAACGGUGUGAGAGAAUCCAACGGGGUAACGGAGAAGAGGCCACCGGAGGAUAAGUGUAGCACAGAGCCAGUAGAGAAGAAGAAGAGGAUAUUAGAGAAGAUACACUAUGAAGAUUUAGUAGAUACAAAUGCGAAUCAGGAUGCGCAGGAAUUGAAAUUAUCAAAGGUAGAGAGAUAUUUGUUAGGUCCCGCUUCACAAAUGAGUCAAACAACGAAUACCGCCAACCCACCGCCAUUAUCAGCCCUUGCUUCAGUAUGUCAGGCGUGGUCAAGCGGGCAGCAGUGCUCGCGACCGGUGCGCGUGGGCGCGGGCGCGGCCGUCGGCGCGCUCGGCGAGCUGAGCCCCGGCGGCGCGCUCAUGCGGCACCAGCACGCCGCCAGCAUGGCGCAAUUAAUACCAACAGACGUAAAAGCAGAACUCCACCGUCUCUACCUCUCCGGGGGGGAGUUGUUAAGAGAGUUGUGGAGAUGUUUCCCCCAGCCAGGCUCCUCUACUGACACCGAAGACACUACAGCGCGAGCGGAGAAGUUUUAUGAAGCGCUUUUAAGGUUUAGAAAUGUUAAACUACGACCGUUUGAGGAAAAGAUGCUUCGAGACCUAACGCCGCUGGCCACAACCCUUACAAAACAUAUGAACCAAAUGAUAGACACCGCCUGUGCGAAAUACGCUGUCUGGCAACAAAGACAAGCGAAACUACGGUAG